AUGGGGAGGCCUAUUUAUACGAAGCCUCACUCAGACGAGGUUGACCAGCUACUGUUCCCGAAAGGCUUUCGAGUACCAGAGUUCCAUACUUUUUCUGGGGAAGACGCGAAGGAAUCAACGGUGGAACACGUAGCCCGGUUCCAAGUCCAAUGUGGGGAAGCAGGGACUAAGGACGAGUGGAAGUUGAGGUUGUUUCCCAACUCCUUGACUGCCAUCGCCUUUACGUGGUACAUCAAUCUAUCUCCUAACUCCAUCCAGACCUGGCGACAAAUGGAGGAUGCAUUCCACCAACAGUUUUAUAGGGUGGAGCCAGAGGUCACAAUGGCUGACCUUUCAAGCUUAUUCAAGAAGGCUCGAUUUAAGUGUAAGGUCUCCCUGCCCGAGAAGGAGUACGUGAGCUUGGCGUUAAAUGGCCUAAACUUUGAGUUGAAAAAGAAGUUCUACGAGGCGGAGUUUAGGGAUCUUUUUGAGUUAUCAGCCAAAGCAGCAAGAUAUGAGCGGAUCUUGAGGCAGGAACAAGACCGCAUGGCCGCCUCGAAGGGAACCUAUUAUAGAGACCCCAAUUAUGAGGUGGCCGCAGUGGAGCCUGGGUACGAAGCAGAGGUGGCUGUCGCGGAGUUGAUUAACAAGAAGCCUUAUUUCUUGAAAGCUGGCAGGUUGGAAAAGGCAGACUUUGCAUCACCUUCAGGCAAGUCGAACCGGGUCUACACAUUCGACAUUACGAAGGCCGAGGCAAUCUUUGAUCAGCUCAUGGCCGACAAGCUUGUGAAGCUUCAUCCAGGCCAUAAGCUUCCUCCAACGAUGGAUUUGAAGGGCAGAGAAUAUUGCAAAUAUCAUAAUUCGUGGAGCCAUACCACCAACAACUGUAUGGUCUUCCGAAAUGAUAUUCAAGAUAAGAUCGAACGUGGAGAGUUCAAGUUUGAGUCGAAAGAUAAGAAGGCCAUGGGUGUGGAUGCAAAUCCAUUCCCGACGGGCCUGAGUACCAACAUGGUGUCCUUCAACAUGAGGGGAAUGCCGAAUAGUUCUCCAAGGCCCAAAGUCAGCUUAGGAGAACCAUCUAGGCAAGCACGAAGGCCUACUUAUGAAGACCUCGUCGAGUGA